UUUGGAAGAAGAACCGGAACGUUCGCUCCAGGCCGAUGACGAAGGAGAGGCCUGAAACAAACAGGAUCUGCACAACGGAGACACGCGGCAGAAAGGAACUACAACUCCCGUGAGCCCACGCAAUGAGGAAGCGUUUCAAGCUCAGAUUCAGACGUCUUCAGCUGACACACGAGUUCGAAGCAGAAGAUCUGCCUUCAUACAAAAGACGCUGCGUGUUUGCAAAUAUGCACCGAUUGGAAAUCUGCUUUAUCAAGUGACACGUCACCCACCGAGUGAGCCAACAUGGGUACCGGUUCUGCUAUUGCCCUGGUUUUUGUCGGUUGCUGCAGCAAUGUGGUGUCUCUGGAGCUGCUCGUAAGACAGUUUCCAGGAUGCGGCAACAUCGUCACCUUCGCUCAAUUUCUAUUCAUCGCAUUAGAAGGUUUGAUCUUCGAAACUAACUUUGGGAGAAAGAAACCAGCGAUCCCGAUCAGAAACUAUGUGAUCAUGGUGACCAUGUUCUUCACAGUCAGUGUGAUCAACAACUACGCUCUCAACUUCAACAUCGCCAUGCCAUUACACAUGAUCUUCAGAUCGGGAUCGCUCAUCGCGAACAUGAUCCUGGGAAUAAUCAUCCUGAAGAAGAGGUAUUCAGCGAGUAAAUAUCUGUCCAUCGCUUUAGUGUCAGCUGGCAUUUUCAUCUGCACCAUCAUGUCGGCCAAACAAGUGAAUGUGGCCAAUGAGGGUUCAGAAGAGCAAAACAUGUAUGCCUUCAUGCGCUGGCUUAUAGGUAUUGGCAUGCUGACCUUCGCUCUGCUGAUGUCUGCGAGGAUGGGCAUCUUCCAGGAGACGCUGUACAAGCGGUACGGAAAACACUCCAAGGAAGCUCUCUUCUACAAUCACUUCCUGCCUCUGCCGGGCUUCCUGCUCCUCUCCACGGACAUCUACAACCACUGCGUCUACUUCAGUCAGAGCACUCCUACAGUUGUUCCUGUGGUUGGACUCACUGUGCCGUUAAUGUGGCUCUACCUGCUGAUCAACGUCAUCACACAGUAUGUGUGCAUUCGCGGUGUUUUCAUUCUGACCACAGAGUGCGCCUCGCUGACCGUCACGCUGGUGGUGACCCUGAGAAAGUUCCUCAGCCUCAUCUUCUCCAUCCUGUACUUCCAAAACCCCUUCACCGAGUGGCACUGGGUGGGCACGGGGGUGGUCUUCCUGGGCGCUCUGCUGUACACGGAGGUGUGGAGCAGCGUGCGGGCGGCUCUGCGUGGACCUGAUGUCAAGGAGAAGAAGGCAGAUUGAAGAAGAAGAGGAGGGAUAGGAAAGGACUGGUGGUCGAAUAGAAAACAGCCUCUUUGUUGGACUUGAUUGUUAUUGUUCAACAAUACUGCAGUGAUUUUAUAUGUCAUUCAGUUCAAGCCAUUGUACAUCCCUCUUUCAUUCACGCAGAUGAGGCUGGUGACCUUCUAUAUUUUCUUUGCGUCUGUAUUUAAGACAGCAGACCGACACUGUGGUCGACAUAGUGGAACAUUUCACAGCUAAAGAAGAAAAUAUGUCCCUCCAGAGUUGGUUGAGACCAAACACCGAGUUGAAAGAGACUAGAUAUUCAACUUAUAUUCAUCCGGUGGGUAUGGCACUCCAAAUUAAUUAUAAUUAUAUAAACACUUGAAAAAAAGAAUUAACUCUUAAAUACUGCAAUACUCUCAAUUUUUUCAUUGAGCACCUUUUAAAGUGAAUGUAUUGUUGUUUUGGAUUUUCCAUAAACCAAAUGAGAUAAGCAGAUCAAUUGAUUAUGAAAAUAAUUGUCAGUUGCAACCUUACUUGCCCCAAAAUGAAGCUCUAAUAACUUGUUUUGUCAUUUUUUACAAAAAAGGUUAAAUAAUUGAAUAAAAUGUCUCACUGUA